GCCGAUAUGGAGAUUCGGUUCGGUGAAUCAAAAUACUCUGAUCAAAUAUGACUGAAGUAAUAAAACAUGAAUAUUCAUCAAAUAUAUUAUCUGCUGAAGAAAUUGACGAAGCUCCAGAAGAGUUUGGCACUUUUUCAACGUACGAAGAGUUUCAAACAAGAGCAAGUCGACGAAAAGAUGUUGGUAUGGAUGAUCCUUUGAGUGCAAAACUUGGGGAAUUUGACUUAAAUGAUCCUGCAAAUGAAAAUGAAGAACUGCAGGAACAUGAACGUUACAUGUACAUACCUGCUGUGACGAAAGACACUUUAGAGUGUGAAUGGCAGACUUUAUUCGGAUGUGAAAAUUUCAAAAAGGGACUAAAAAAUCUUGCUUAUGAUGGCAGAUUAAGAGAUUGUACUAGAUUUCGUGGAGUAUGUUGGAGGAUCUUUCUAGAGUGUCUUCCUGAGGAUUCAAAUUGUUGGUUAGAUGCAGUUAGUGAGUCAAGAAAAACAUACAAAAACCUUAAGUCCAAGUUGCUCGUUGAUCCAUAUUCUAACGUUUUGAGUAAAGAAAAUGUACAAGUUUUUAAUCCAUUGUCUCAAGAAAGUGAUAGUCCUUGGACUCAAUACUUCGAAGAUAAAAAGUUACAUGAAGUAAUUCAUCAAGACCUUGAUCGGCUAUUUCCUGGAAUGCAUUACUCCAAUCUAAAAAAUAAAGUAAGUCGUAAAGAGUUCUACAUCAGUAGAAGAUCUCUUCAUUACGUGUUGUCUGCGUUCGCCCUUUAA